UCUUGUAUUAGGCUCAGCCGGUGAACUCUUAUAUUCUCCUUGGACCGUAAUAGUAGCGGCACUGAUUCUAAACUUACCAUUCAGGUGCCAUCGAUGGAGAAUCUUUUCAUUUAUCAUCGACCUACUAUUCUUACCCAUUCGAUGAUUAUCCUGCCCUAAGCCUCGUCAACGGGAACUUACGAGCCUUUGACCGUGAGGGAAAUUGGCACACAAAUGCCAGUGCACCAUUCAUGGGUUAUGAAGCUCUCUCAUGGGCAACAAGCACGUUAUACAGUGACCCCGCAUCGACCGCAUUUUCUGCGAUCAAUGUACCCGCAUCGAUCUAUCCAAUCCUCGCGGUGAAUGGGGUAUACAACAUGUGGUACCUAUGCCCUUCCGACAUGCGCUUGGGCCAGGACUCUGUGUAUUACAACACAACAUCGAUAGGCUCGUCGAAGGCUUAUCCCACUGACAUCGAUUGUUAUUCCGUGACUUUAAAUAUGGUGCCAGUGUCGAUGUCGCCUAUGUCUUAAUCGUUAUCUUGCACUAUUUUUACAGUACUUCUAACAUCUCUUUCAUGUUAAUUAUUACCAGAAAUUUCUGAAAACAUU